GAUCCAGUCUUUGAGGACUGUGCUUAGAAGUGUUUACACUGUGGACUUUAGAACUGAACUUAGCUCCAGUGAGAGGUGCAGCCAGGAUGUUGAAGAAGUGGCUUUUGCUGGUGCUGUGGGUUCACAUGAGCUACUGGGGCUCAGGAUCCUGUGGGAAGGUGCUGGUCUGGCCCACCGAUGCCAGUCACUGGCUCAACAUAAAACGGGUGCUGGAGGAACUCUCCCUUCGGGGCCAUGAUGUGACUGUGCUGGUGCCUUCAGCAAAUUUGCUCAUCGAUUACAAUGAGUCCUCUUCCCCAUUUGACUUUGAGGUCCUGCCGGUGCCCUUUACCGAGGAGACCAUGGUGGCCCUGUUGGAGGACUUGCUGCACCUGUGGAUGUAUGAGCUUCCCCAUCUGUCCUACUGGAAGGGCCUGGUGAAAAUGAUGAAUAGCGUGGAAGUCUUUCACAAGAUGUUCAAGCAGACCUGUGACAGUGUGGUGCUGAACCCCAGGCUGAUAGCAAAGCUCCGGCAAGCGGGGUUUGAUAUGCUAAUCUCAGACCCUCUUUCUCCGGGCGGUGAGCUGAUAGCAGAGUUGCUUGAAAUCCCUUUUGUCUAUACUUUCCGGUUCUCUGAUGGGAACACAGCGGAGCGGCUGUGUGGGGGGCUUCCAGCCCCUCCUUCGUACGUACCUGCCAGCACGGGGGGACUGACGGACAGGAUGUCCUACAUGGAGAGAUUGCAAAAUCUGCUCUUUUAUGCUCUUCAGGAUGUUCUGUUUCACCAGGUUUUGUGGAAAGAAUGGAAUCAGUACUACAGCGAUGUGCUGGUCUGGCCCACCGAUGCCAGUCACUGGCUCAACAUAAAACGGGUGCUGGAGGAACUCUCCCUUCGGGGCCACGAUGUGACUGUGCUGGUGCCUUCAGCAAAUUUGCUCAUCGAUCACAAUGAGUCCUCUUCCCCAUUUGACUUUGAGGUCCUGCCGGUGCCCUUUACCAAGGAGACAAAGGCGGCCCUGUUGGAGGACUUCCUGCACCUGUGGAUGUACGAGCUUCCCCAUCUGUCCUACUGGAAGUUCAUGUUGAAAAUUAAAGAAUUCAUGGAAGUCUCUAUCAAGAUGUUCAAGCAGACCUGUGACAGUGUGGUGCUGAACCCCAGGCUGAUAGCAAAGCUCCGGCAAGUGGGGUUUGAUGUGCUAAUCUCAGAUCCUCUUUCUCCGGGCGGUGAGCUGGUAGCAGAGUUGCUUGAAAUCCCUUUUGUCUAUACUUUCCGGUUCUCUGACGGGAACACAGCGGAGCGGCUGUGUGGGGGGCUUCCAGCCCCUCCUUCGUACGUACCUGCCAGCACAGGGGGACUGACGGACAGGAUGUCCUUCACAGAGAAGAUGACAAACUUGCCGCUUUAUAUUUACCAUGAUGUGUUUUUCCUGCAUUUCUGGGUGGAUGAAUUGACUCAGUAUUACAGUGAUGUCUUAGGAAGGCCCACGACGCUGUGUGAAACGAUGGGCAAAGCAGAGAUGUGGCUGAUCCGGACGUACUGGGACUUUGAAUUCCCUCGCCCUUUCCUGCCUAACUUUGAGUUUGUCGGGGGACUCCACUGCAAGCCUGCAAAGCCUUUACCUGAGGAAAUGGAAGAGUUUGUCCAGAGUUCAGGGGAACAUGGUAUCGUGGUGUUUUCUCUUGGCUCGAUGAUUUACAACUUAACCGAGGAGAAAAGUAACAUGGUUGCCUUGGCCCUCAGCCAGAUUCCACAAAAGGUUCUUUGGCGGUACAAAGGGAAGAAACCAGAAACUUUAGGACCCAACACUAGGAUUUAUGACUGGAUACCCCAGAAUGACCUGCUUGGCCACCCCAAGACCAAAGCCUUUAUUACUCACGGUGGAACCAAUGGGAUCUAUGAAGCUAUCUACCAUGGGAUUCCCAUGGUUGGGAUUCCCAUCUUCGCUGACCAGCCGGAUAACAUUGCUCACAUGAAAGCGAAAGGGAUGGCAGUGCAGCUGGAUUUUAACACAAUGCAAACCCAGGAUUUAAUCGAUGCAUUGGAUAUGGUCAUUAACAACUCCAGCUAUAAGGAAAAUGCAGUGAGGUUAUCCGAGAUUCACCACGACCAGCCCAUAAAGCCUCUGGACCGAGCUGUCUUCUGGAUCGAAUUUGUCAUGCGCCAUAAAGGAGCGAAGCACUUGAGACCAGCAGCUCAUGAGCUCACCUGGUACCAGUAUCACUGCCUGGACGUCCUGGCGUUCUUGCUCAUCUGUGCAGCAGCUGCUGUUUUCAUUGCUGUCAGGUGCUGCUUGUUUUGCUGUAAGAAAUGCGGUAGGAUUGUAAAGAAAAAGAAAACGGAGUAGAUUUGCUGUUCCCAUUGGCCACACUUGUCUCUGGUUAGGCCGUGGUUCAGCCAGGUACUUCAGCUUGUUCGUGGUCCUGUCGAUCAAGGCAUAUGCUGAAAAUGAGGCGCACGCUGUAAUACCCAUGCGUAAUCAGGGCCAUGUUCUGGUGAUGUAUCAGGAAAGCUGCACACUUAGCAAAUGUGAUGUUUACAGUAAUUUCCUUUUGGCUUGAAUAAGAAUGAAUCAUUAGCUUGAUCCACCAAUCGGACUCCUUCGGUGAUUACACAGGGACUUGUCAUAUGCUAACUGUGGCAAUGAUUUUCAGAAUGUAACUUUCCGGAGACUUUAUUUUAAAAGGACAAAGCCCAUAUGUUUUAGGUCCUUUGCUGUGUCUUCCACCUGCAGGUAUUAAAGUUGAUUUGCCCACCCUG